AUGGCACACAACAAGAUUGAGAAGAUCGACUCGCUCGAGGACGAGAAGGAGCGCGACUUUGCGGCCCAGGUCGCCGUCCUCUCCCCUGACGCCGAGAGCGACUCUAUCGAGGCCAAGGACCUCGGUGCGACGAAGGAGGAUGUGCUGGCUGCCGAGGAGCGCGUGGCGGGGAUGAGUCUCGAGCGGUGUGUGAAGAUUAUCACCGAAGUCCGCACAAUGCACAAGCACGACCAAAACUUCCCGACCGACAUCCUCCUCCGGAUGAACGAGUUCCUCGACAACCCCGACGUGCUCGCCAACCCCGAGCUCCACGCCGACCUGAUCCACGAGAUGAAGCUCGAGGCCGUGCUCGUUACCGAGAACAGUCCGUACGCCGAGGUGCGCGGCGUCGUGGACCCGGUCGACGACUUUGACAUGCCGACAUUCACGAUCCGCGUGUGGAUUAUCGGCGUGCUCUUUUCUGGCGCGGGCGCGUUCAUCAACCAGCUGUUCAGUAUUCGUAUGCCUAAUAUCUCGGUCGGGACGGAGGUGGCGCAGCUGCUUGCGUUCCCCUUCGGCAAGAUCCUCGAAAAGAUCUUCCCCGACUACUCGUUCCGCCUCUUCGGGCGCACGCACAACCUCAACCCCGGCCCAUUCAACAGGAAGGAACACAUGCUCAUCACCAUCAUGGCGGCCGUGGCCUUCUCGACGCCGUACACGGGCUACAUCGUGUUCACGCAGGCCCUGCCCAUGUUCUUCAACAACGCGUACGGGCACGACUUUGGCUACCAGCUGCUCAACACUCUGGGCUCCAACUUUGUGGGCUACGGCCUGGCUGGCCUCACGCGCAGGUUCAUCGUGUACCCUUCUUACUGUGUCUGGCCUGGCUCGCUCGCGACGCUCGCGCUCAACAAGGCGUUCCACUCGGACGAUAGCGGCGGCGUGCCGGGUCCCUUUGGGCGGAUCUACUCGUGGUCCCGUCUGCGCCUGUUCACCGUGGCGCUGAUCGUGACGUUUGUAUACUGGUGGAUCCCGGGCUACCUUUUCGAAGCCCUCUCCUACUUCAACUGGCUGUCCUGGAUCGCGCCCUACAACCCGACGUACAACAUGAUCGUGGGGUUCAAGAACGGGCUCGGCCUGAACCCGUUGCCUACGUUCGACUGGAACAUGGUCUCCGGCGUGUGGCCGGCGAUGGUGUUGCCCAUGUUCUCUAUUACCAACUACUUUGUCGGCACCAUCGUGUCGGGCUUCAUGAUCGUGGCCAUCUACUGGACGAACGCGUUCAACACGGCGUACCUCCCGAUCAACAGCAACAAGACGUUCAACCGCACUGGCGGCAAGUACAACGUCACGCGCAUCCUCGACUCGAAGGGCUUUUUCGACGAAGCCAAGUACCAGGACUACUCGGAGCCGUACAUGUCCGCGGGCAACAUCACGCUGUACUUCUGGUUCUUUGCGGCGUACAGCGCGACGCUGUCAUACACGUUCCUGUACCACCGGCACGAGCUCAACCGCGGCUUCCGCUCCGUGUGGCGCGACAUCAAGAACAAGCUGCGCGCGCGCCGCGGCGAGGCGGCGGAGGUCGACGAGGACGAGUUUGCAGAGGACAUCCACUACCGCCUCAUGAAGAAGUACAAGGAGGUGCCCGAGUGGUGGUACUUCCUCGUGCUGUGCGGCGCGCUCGCCAUCGGCAUGGCGGGUGUCGGCGCGUACCCGACCAACACGACCAUGGCGGUGGUUAUCUACGGUGUGCUGCUUGCCUUGUUUUUCGCUGUGCCUCUCGGCAUCAUCAAGGCGGUCACCGGCUCGACAGUCACGCUUAACGUGCUCGCCGAGUUCAUCGGCGGUGUCAUCGUCCCCGGCGACGCCCUCGCCAUGAACUACUUCAAGAUGUACGGCUACGUCGUGACGGCCCACGCCUUGUCGUUCGCCAACGACCUCAAGCUCGCACACUACACCAAGAUCGGCCCGCGCUACACCUUCUGGGCGCAGAUGAUCGCCACGCUCAUCUCGUCGCUCGUCUGCACGUCCCUGUUCAACUUCCAGAUGGGCUUCAAGAACGUCUGUCUCCCGAACGCCUCCUUCAAGUUUACGUGCCCUGGUGACUACACAUUCUUCAACGCCGCCGUGUUCUGGGGCAGCGUGGGACCCAUCAAGAUCUUCGGCAAGGGCGGCCGCUUCACCUCCCUCCUCUCCGGCUUUGGCCUCGGCUUCGUCCUCCCGAUCAUCAUCUACGGGCUGCAGAAGGCGUUCCCCAGGCAGCACUGGCUGCGCCAGAUCCACCCCGUGAUGAUGUGUUUCGGCGCGCUCAUCUGGGCGCCGUACAACAUCAGCUGGAUCUGGCCCGCGCUCGUGUUCACGUUUAUCAGCUGGAAGCUCGUCAAGCCGCGCUACCUCGCCUUCUGGGCCAAAUACAACUACGUCCUCUGCUCUGCGCUGUCGGCCGGCAUCGCCAUCUGCGCGAUCGUCAUCUUCUUCGCGCUCCAGAUCAGCGACAUCAACCUCGAGUGGUGGGGCAACAGCGAGUACGACAAGGGGUGCGAGACGGCCGCGUGUGUGCGCCUCCCCCUGCCGGAGAAGGGAUACUUUGGCCCGGAGAAGGGCCACUUCCGUUGA